UCUUUCUUUGCUAGUAUAUGAUUAUAAAAGAACUCAUUCUUUAUCCCACAAAGAGGCGUUGCAAAGAAAGAGGAAAAUUAAGAAAAUUUCUAAGAACACGGUGAACCAAAGUGAAAGCAAGAAUUCUUCUAAACAAAAGGAACAAACUCCUCUGGAUGACUUGCAGCCAAUUGAAAAAUUCUCCCUUCAACAAGCGAUAAUAGCUAAAAACUGUCUUGAAAAAAAUGAUAUUCAAGGUUUCGUAGAUGCCUACGCCAAGAUAGUUUCAGUUCAAAAAGCACCACUUCAGUGUCUUGAGGAACUCAGCCAAUUUUUACCGGAAAGUGCCAUUAUUGCUAUCGCUCAAAAAGCUUUUCGAUCGGAUUUCUUAAAGCAGUUUCCUGAAAAAUACGGAAUCCACGUGCUCCACGACGCCACGAGCAUGCGACGGGUCGUAAAGGCUGCCCGUCCGUUCCGCGCGGGAGAGACAAUUUUUGUGAUGAAGCCUUUAGUGGCUUAUAUGAAUGCUGACUGCAAUGAAUACGACUAUUGCUUUACCUGCAAAAAGUUUCUCAUUGCUGAGCAUAUUCGCUGUUCCAGAUGUUGUGGUUUUGGUUAUUGCAAUAAAAAGUGUGAAAAACUGCAACAAUUUCACUACUUAUUUUGUUUUCCCCGCGAAAAAAACAAUAUGGAGAAUUGCCCUGAUCUAAGUGGUCGGCUAAAAGAUCUAAAAUUUUUUAGUGAAGAAAAAAAAAAGUCAAUGAGCCAAUCCAAAAGAUUUUUUUAUCAACUGCAGGAACUUGCCAGGACCUCGAAGAGGCCCAUAUUUUACGCUAUUGCGCCGCUGUACGCUAUGGUUGAGCAAAAUGAGUCUGACGAGCAAUUUCGAGAUGCUUUUUCCCAUCUAUAUAUACCCACGCCGAUGCCCAACGCCUCAAAACUUUCAAAGGAGGAGCAUAAUUUAAUGAAUAAGUUCAUCAACCCUUCAAAUGAUAAUUUGGAAUUCUAUAUUGCUUUAGUCUGCAAACUUUUAUAUAAUCAACUUUCCUUCCAGUCGAAACCUUCUAGCAAUGGAACAUUUGUAAAUUCUGGAAAAGGUCUUUAUCCUUGCGCCUCUUUUUUUGACCAUUCCUGUUCCCCCAACGUGCAUAUGUUUUCUGCUUCUGGCACUUCUGAGCUGACCUUUGUUGCUUCUCAACAUAUCCAGGAAAACGAGCUUAUGACGAUCAAUUAUUUAGAGAAUCCACGUUUAACUGGAGAAGAACGACGCAAAAUUUUGCAUUCCACUUUCGAUUUUAACUGCGAUUGUUUGCUUUGUAAAGAAGAUCUCAAAACGCAAUAA